UUGCUGAGACUUUGAUCAUGGCAGGGAUGUUGGUAUGGUCUGAGUAUAUGGGCUGGUCUGAGUAUUUCAUAAACUGCUGAUCUCCUGGGAAUUUCACACACAACAGUCUCUAGAGUUCACACAGAAUUGUGUGAAAAACAAAAAGCACUGAGUGAGUGACAGUUCUGUGGGUAGAAACACCUUGUUAAGAGAGAUCAGAAGAACGAUUGGUUCGAACUGCCAGGAAGGGUAUAGUAACUCAAAUAAUAAUCUUUACAACUGUGGUGAGUAGAAAAGCAUCUCAGCAUGCACAAAACAUCAUACCUUGACAUGGAUGGGCUACAACAGCAGAAGACCACACUGAGUUCCACUCCUGUCAGUCAAGAACAGGAAUCUGAGGCUAUCAAGGGCAUGGGUUCACAGGGGAAAGAAAGUCAUCUGGUCUUUUUCCAGCCUUCUACUGUCCAGUUUUGAUGAGUCUGUGUCCAUGAUAAACUCAAAUUCUUGUUCUUGGCUGACAGAAGUGGAACCCAGAACCCAGAAGUGUAGCCCACCGCCUCAAGGUUUGAUGUGUUGUGCAUUCUGAGAUGCCUUUGUGCUCAACACAAAUGUACAGAGUGGUUAUCCAAGUUACCUUUCUGUCAGCUCAAAUGAGUCUGGCCAUUCUCCAUUGACCUUUCUUGUCAAUAAGGCAUUUCCAUCUGCAGAACUGCCGCUUACUGCCAUUUAUGUAUAUAUAUGUACACAUGCCAAUCAGCCAUAACAUUAAAACCACCUGCCUAAUAUUGUGUGGGUCCCCCUUGUGCCGCCAAAACAGCCCUGAACCAUCGAGGCAUGGACUCCACAAGACCUCUGGAGGUGUGCUGCGGUAUCUGGCACCAAAUCAUUGGCAGCAGAUCCUUUAAAUCCUGUAAGUCGCAAGAUGAGGCCUCCAUGGAUCAGACUUGUUUGUCCAGCACAUCCCACAUGCUCGAUUGGAUUGAGAUCUGGGGAAGUUGGAGGCCAAGUCAACACCUUGAGCUCUUUGUCAUGUUCUUCAAACCAUUCCUUGUUUAUCAAAUUUUUAUUCAAGACUGCAAUCAAUAAAUUUUUAUAAAAUAAAGGUGCAACAAUCCGAAAAGUCUUACCCUUAUUAUGUUCUAUCCCACCCAUGGCGACCAUGUAAUCUCCCACUUUUUCCAUCCCACUCGCCCUAUAACACAUUAAGAUGCAGUUAUUAACAAUACAUACAAUAAGAUAUCACAACCAUUCUAUAAGGCCAAGUCAACACCUUGAACUCUUUGUCAUGUUCCUCAAACCAUUCCUGAACAAUUUUUGUAGUGUGGCAGGGCGCGUUAUCCUGCUGAAAGAGGCCACUGCUAUUAGGGAAUACCAUUGCCAUGAAAGGGUGUACUUGGUCUGCAACAAUGUUUAGGUAGGUGGUACAUGUCAAAGUAACAUCCACAUGAAUGCCAGGACCCAUGGUUUCCCAGCAGAACAUGGGCUAGAGCAUCACACUGCCUCUGCCAGCUUGCCUUCUUCCCAUAGUGCAUCCUGGUGCCAUCUCUUCCCCAGGUAAGCAAUGCACAUGCACCCAACCAUCCACAUGAUGUAAAAGAAAACUGACUGAACAGACCAGGCCAUUUUCUUUCAUUGGUCCAUGGUGUGGUUCUGAUGCUCACAUGCCAAUUGUAGGCAUUUUCGGCAGUGGACAGGGGUCAGCAUGGGCACUCUGACAGGUCUGCAGCUAUGCAAUCCCAUACGCAGCAAGCUGCGAAGUACUGUGUGUUCUGACACACUUCUAUCAUAGCCUUCAUUAACUUUUUUGAGCAAUUUGUGCUACAAUAGCUCUUCUGUGAAUCGGACCAGACAGACUAGCUCCCAUGCGCAUCAGCGAGCCUUGGAUGCCCAUGACCCUGUCGCUGGUUCACCUUUGAUGACUUUUGGUAGGUACUGACCGCUGCAUACUGGGAACACCCCACAAGACCUGCCAUUUUGGUGAUACUCUGAUCCAGUUGUCUAGUCAUCAUAAUUUGGCUCUUGACCCUCAAAGUCGCUCAGAUCCUUAUGCUUGCCCAUUUUUCCUGCUUUCAACACAACAACUUCGAGAACUGAAUGUUCACUUGCUGCCUGAUAUAUCCCACCUCUUGGCAGAUACCACUGUAAUGAGAUAAUGUUAUUCACUUCACCUGUCAGUUUAAGGUCAUGGCUGAUCGGUGUGUGUCUCACACGAGGAAUGCUUAACAAGCAUACCCCACUAUUCACAUCUCAGGAGCUAAAACAGGCUCUGAAGAAGUUUAAAGGAGAGGAUGACACUACAAAAAAGGACUCCGAGCAGGGCAAAGAGUCCUCACAAGCUCUGGUUCGCUCAAUGGAUGAACUCAAAAGAGACUUGGCCAUGUUGGACUUGCUGGUGGAAACAGAUGUCCAGAUUAUGAGUAAACUGUUGUCCAAUUUUAGCAGCACUAACACGACCAUGGACCAAAGAGUCGCUGCUCUACUUGACUUGGAGUACCUUGUUCAUCAGGUGGAUAAUGCACAAAAUCUGGUGUUAAUGGGUGGACUAGAACUUGUAAAUGAUGCCUUAAAUAAUACAGAUUUUAGACUUCAGAAAAGCGCUGCAUUUGUACUAGGAUCAGCUGUUUCUAGUAACCCAUCUGUCCAAGUUGUGGCUUUAGAGUGUGGCACCUUACAGAAGCUAUUGACUAUGCUUGCAACCCCACGACCAAUGACGGUUAAGAAAAAGGUGUUAUAUGCAUUGGCAUGUUUGUUACGUCACUUCCCUACUGCGCAAAGUCAGUUUGUGAAGCUUGGCGGACUGCAGGUGCUAGUUGAGCUAUUUCAGGCCCAAGGAGCUGAGUGUCUCCAUGUGAGGAUUAUCACAUUGCUCUAUGACAUGAUUACCGAGAAGGAGAUGAUCUCUCAAGCUGGUAUAGGUCCUCACUCUACUCAUCAGGAACAUUUGCAGCAAUAUAGUGACAUCUCACUGUUCCCUAUGCUUGUGGAGCAGGGCUGGUGCAGCCUGGUGCCAGAAAUGCUGGCCUCUCCCGAGCAUGAUUGGAGGGAGAAGGCUUUGCAGACUCUACUGGCCAUGAUGCCCCAUUGUCAGAAGCUAUAUCUGCAGAACCCUACUCUGAGCACAUCUCUUAGUUUUCUGCAGCAGCAAUACCAGGAGCUAGCCCUUAGAGAGAGGAGCCUGGGAGAGGAUGAUGGUUACUUUGGGGAGAUUUUGUUCCUGGUGGACUCUGUAAUGGUGAAAAUGCACUAACGGGACAGUGAAAAGUUCUAUAAAAAUGUAUGUGUGUGUGUUUGUGUAUGUAUAUAUAUAUAAGCCUGGUCUGAUGAAUCUUGAUUUCUGCUGAGGCACACAGGUGUGGUAGGGUCAGAAUUUGGUCCCAACAUUGUGAAUCUAUGGACUCAUCCUGCCUUGUGUUAACAGUCCAGGCUGGUGAAGAUGGUGUAAUGCGGUGGGGAAAGUUUUUUUUGGCACACUUUGGGCUCUUUAAUAAAUAAAAAAAAUAAUAAAAAAUCAUUGCUUGAA